AUGCACAUUCUAUCGUUCGCCCUGGUAGCUGUGGUCGCUCGCUGUGCGCACGCGGCGGUGAUCCCACAGCAGCACCCGUUGUUCACUGAAGGGCGCCCAUGGAAAACAGUGGACGGGGAACCGACCAAGCUUUUCGGUCACCGCGGCGAAAGAGCGUUUGCCCUGCCCGAGCACAGUUUACCCUCUUACCACAUGGCCGUCUGGGAACACGCCGACUUCAUAGAGCCGGAUCUGGUUCUUACUAAGGACAACGUGCUCGUAAUUUACCACGAUCUGUCGAUAAAAUCCAGCACGGACGUCGCCGAUCACCCCGAGUUCCAGCACCUGAAAAGGAAUGCGACAAUUUGGGACCCCUGGGGCAACGCUGGAAACGUGACACUAGUCGACGAUUGGUUCAUCAAUGAUUUUACUCUUGGAGAAUUGAAAACCCUCAAACUCCGGGCGGUCGGCGGAGGCGCCGAUGGCAAGAACAUGCGUACCCCACGCUACUUCGACGACAUUUUCCGGAUUCCCACUUUCCAAGAGUACUUGGAUCUUGUCCACGAUGACUCCAUCAAAGCCGACCGAGUGAUCGGCAUCGUCCCGGAGCUCAAGCAUCCAAGUUGGCACAACGAGCGAGUCGGGAAGCCGCACUUCAUGGAAGACCUUGUGCUACAGACCUUAGAGGCAAAUGGGUACCCCCUCCGGAAAAAGGACAAAGCUGUACUUGAUGCUAAGUGCACCAAGCCGCGCGGGCCUGUUGUGAUUCAAUCGUUUGAGCCGGACGCGGCGAAGUUUGCGGUGGAAGGUGUACCUUCGAAAUGCCCGAAUACUGACUUCCUCUUAUGGAACGUUGACAUCCUGACGCCAAAAGGGCUUAACGAGGUGGCAAUCUAUGCUACAGCAUUAGGGCCAUGGAAGGGGUUCUACCUCGAAGGCAUAGUGGCAUCCCUUGCUAGCGAUAACGCGACCGCCAUUCUUCCCUUACUCCAGAAGACGAUUGACGCAAACGGCGGACUCAUCCCAGCUAAACACCUCAGCAAGGAGAUCAAGAAGCGAGGUUUGAAACAGAUGCCGUACACAUUUUAUUCCAGCUACGAUGUCCCCGCGAAGAAGGAUCACAACGCGGGAGACACAGCUCUCCACGAACGCACCCUCGAGCUUUUCUACUUCAUGGCGCAGGGCAUGGACGCCCUCUUCGUUGAGAAUGUUGCGGAAGCUGUUCUGAUCAGGCAAAGAUUUGUCGAUAGAUAUGGCUUGUCUGGACGGACUUUGGGAGCUAGAGCGGACGGAAAGGAUGAGGCUGAUAAGGAGAGCGAGCUCGAGGCUUUGCGGACGUGGUUGGUCGGCGUCGAUAGACUAGGUCGUAGAAACUAG